AUGAAUUUUGACGUAGGGAAAGCAGCUGAUUGGCGACCAUUCUUUAGUCAUUCAUUUCCACGUGAUACUUUGCCUUGGACUUCUGUUCAGCCAAAUGAUUUACAUUAUGAAGAUACACGUUCUGACGAUGCUGAAAUACUUAGCAAGGAAAUUUCUCAUAUUUUACGAAACAAAAUGAUUGAUUGGCGUGAAGCAAAUGCCACAUCUUGGCAUCAUGUUUGUCAAAAACAUCUUGAAGAAAUCAUUAAGCGUAAAGAAAUGGAGUUUAUAAGAGGAUCUACUAUCAAUGGAGCAGAUAUUGAACCUGAAUUAGCAGAUUUUCAAAAAACACAUAAUAUUACUGGAUUUGCACUUCAAAUGCCGUAUACAACUGUGCAAGCAAUAGUUGAUACAGUUUAUUCAACAAACAUUUUCAAACAUGCAACAAAUGAGAUUAAAUUUGCAUUAGCUGUUCAUGUUCAUCCAUAUCCAAAUAAUAUACUUGCUGUUUGGAUUUAUAUAGCACAUUUAACACCAAAAUGA